CCCGUUAGUAUAAAAAAAAAUCUCUCCCGUAACUCGUACCGCCAUUACCCCACGACUGAAAUUCGGGAACCCUUGCCACCACCAGACCCUCGUCGGCCUCCGUUGGAUCAGGCGACCAAGGCUCGACGGACCUCCUCCGUGCGCUCCGCCUAUAACAUCCUCAGUCCUCUCCGCCGACCCAAUUUGAGAUUAAUUAUUUUGUGCAGAAGAGCGAUUGGAAUCAUGGAGGAGGGGGAUGACUAUGAGGAGUAUGUUCCUGUUGCAAAGCGCCGAGCUCUGGAGGCUCAAAAAAUCCUUCAGCGGAAGGGGAAUGCUUCUGCUCUGGAAGAUGAACUUGAGAAGUCUAAGAUUGCUGAGGCGAAGCCAAGUCUUCUUGUGAAAGCAACACAGCUUAAGCGGGACCAACCUGAAAUCACCCAGACAGAGCAGCUUGUUCAACAGGAGAGAGAAAUGAUAGAACAUUUAUCAGAUAGAAAAACCCUAAUGUCAGUCCGCGAAUUGGCCAAGGGAAUUACUUACACAGAACCACUUCCGACUGGAUGGAAGCCUCCACUUAGAAUCCGGAGAAUGUCCAACAAGGAUUGUGAUGCCAUUCGGAAACAAUGGCAUAUUAUAGUAGAUGGGGAUGAAAUUCCUCCACCAAUAAAGAACUUCAGAGAUAUGAGAUUCCCUGAGCCAAUUUUGAAGAUGCUAAAGGCUAAGGGGAUUGUUCAACCUACUCCGAUUCAGGUGCAGGGGCUUCCUGUCAUCUUAUCUGGAAGGGAUAUGAUUGGGAUUGCCUUUACAGGUUCCGGAAAGACUCUUGUUUUUGUUCUUCCCAUGAUUAUGAUUGCUUUACAGGAGGAAUUCAUGAUGCCUAUUGCACCCGGAGAAGGACCCUUCAGUUUGAUUGUUUGCCCGUCGAGAGAACUUGCUAGGCAGACAUAUGAAGUGGUUGAGCAGUUUUUGGUUCCAAUGCGAGAGGCUGGAUAUCCUGAAUUAAGGUGUUUGCUCUGUAUUGGGGGAGUUGAUAUGAGAUCACAGUUAGAGAUUGUAAAGAAAGGGGUGCAUAUUGUUGUUGCAACUCCUGGGAGGUUGAAGGAUAUGCUAGCAAAGAAAAAAAUGAAUCUGGAUAAUUGCAGGUACCUAACACUGGAUGAGGCAGACAGGCUUGUGGAUUUGGGAUUUGAAGAUGACAUAAGGGAAGUAUUUGACCACUUCAAAGCACAAAGGCAGACCCUUCUAUUCUCCGCCACCAUGCCCACCAAAAUUCAAAACUUUGCUAGGAGUGCGUUAGUGAAGCCUGUAACAGUCAAUGUGGGGAGAGCUGGUGCAGCAAAUCUUGACGUGAUUCAGGAGGUUGAGUAUGUGAAACAGGAAGCCAAAAUUGUGUACCUUCUCGAGUGCCUGCAGAAGACUCCGCCACCUGUCUUGAUAUUCUGUGAGAACAAAGCUGAUGUGGAUGACAUCCAUGAAUACCUUCUCCUGAAAGGAGUCGAGGCUGUAGCUGUUCAUGGAGGCAAACACCAGGAGGAUAGAGAGAGUGCCAUUUCAUCCUUCAAAGCCGGCAAGAAAGACGUCUUGGUUGCUACCGAUGUUGCCUCUAAAGGUUUGGAUUUUCCCGACAUUCAGCAUGUGGUCAACUAUGACAUGCCGGCAGAAAUAGAGAACUAUGUUCAUAGGAUUGGACGAACUGGAAGAUGUGGGAAGACUGGGAUUGCUACAACUUUUAUCAACAAGAACCAGAGCGAGACGACGCUCCUCGAUCUGAAGCACCUGUUGCAAGAAGCAAAACAGAGGAUUCCACCUGUUCUUGCGGAGUUGGAUGACCCUAUGGAGUUUGGGGAUACCAUUACUGAUGCCAGCGGAGUUAAGGGCUGUGCUUAUUGUGGCGGUCUUGGCCAUAGGAUCCGUGACUGCCCCAAGCUGGAGCAGCAAAGAAGCCAGCAACUGGCCAACACGAGAAGGGAUUACUUUGGCUCUGGAGGAUAUAGGGGAGAGAUGUGAUAUGUUUGUGAACCAUAUUGUUUUUUUCUUCCUGGGUAGAAUAUGUUUGUGCACGACUAAUGCCCCUCUUUUAGUGACCUCUGUAUUCUGAAGUAAUGAUACACAUGUCCUGUCCAACAGGUAGAACGCAGUUGUAGGGCGAGGAACCAUUUUAGCAAAAGCACAAGAAGCGGGAGACUAUAUAUUUUGUUCUCUGUAUUGUAUUAAAAUUAUAUGUAUGCUAUGUUUUUUUUUUUUAACUGACGGAGCGUUUAAAGGGCGCCUCAACAUUUAUCCAUUAACAAAUAUGGGAGUUUGAAUUCCCAAAGUAUCAAAUAACAG